CACUUUAUGAAAAUGCAUGCUGAAAAGAAGCAUAAAUGUGAUAAAUGUAGCAACUCUUAUGGUACUGAAUGGGACUUAAAACGACAUGCAGAGGAUUGUGGCAAGACUUUCCAGUGCACGUGUGGCUGUCCAUAUGCCAGCAGAACAGCAUUGCAGUCACAUAUUUAUCGAACUGGCCAUGAGAUCCCUGCAGAGCACAGAGAUCCACCUGGUAAGAAAAGGAAAAUGGAAAACUCUCUGCAUAAUCAACAGUUGUCCGAUAAGGCACUUGAAUCACUGAUCAACAAGCCAACCACUAGAGCAGACACUCAAGACCUGGAAACUUCAGAAAUAAAGCUGGUGACUUCUUUUGAAGAUUCUUGCAACUCUAAUGCCAGAAAGCAAACCCUUACACCUCCAAGAUACACUCAGAAGCUGCUUUUGCCAAAGCCCAAAGUGGCUUUGGUUAAGCUUCCUGUUAUGCAGUUUUCACAUUUGCCUAUCUUUGUGCCUACAGCAGACUCUUCAGUCCAGCCUACAGUAGUCGGUGUUGAUAAUCAAGGGUCUGUCACAAGUACUGUUCAUCUACUUCCUUUGUCAAUAGGAACCUUGAUACUAGGAUUGGAUUCAGAGGGUUUCUUACGUAAGGAAAGCUUACCACUUUCAAAAAUAGUCAACCCUGUUGCUGUUGAGCCCAUUAGUACAGGUGUACAAGUGAAUCUGGGCAAAAAUCCAACUAAUACUUUACAAGAAUUAGGAAAUGUGUGUCAAAAGAAUAAAAUUUCUUCUACCAAUGUACAAACAGAUGUAUCUUAUACUUCACAAGCUCUCAUGUCACCUUCACCAUGGGCCCCUCCCGAUUCCUCUGUAUCUUCAUGUUCCCAAACAGAUUUAACAUUUGGCUCUCAAGUUUCUCUUCCCAUCAGUGUUCAAACUCAGACAUUUUUACCCAGCUCUAAGCUAACCUCAUCUAUAGCAGCACAGACAGACACCUUUACUCAUGCUUGUCUCCAGCCAUGUGGGAUCUCUCGAGAAACUCAGACCAAUGGAAUCCAGAGUUCAGCAGAUGCCACAAUGUCGAUGAACCAAGCUGUCAUGUGUAAUGAUAUUUUUGAGAAUGUCCAUGCAUAUAAUGUUUCUACCCCAAACAUUGCAAACAAUAGUUUAGUCACUGCUCCCAUAUCUCAUAGUUUGUUACCUCAGGAUGGCUGUAAGAAUUUGAGUCAGGAUGUUGUAAAAUCCACAUCCAUUAUGAAUUUCAGCACACAAAAUAAUAUACUCCCAUCACAAAACAUGACUGAUAACCAAACCCAAACAAUAGAUUUGUUAAAUGAUCUGGAAAAUAUACUGUCUGGUAAUCUGCCCGGCCAGACUUUGGAUAGCCGAGGUCUCCUGGCUGACGGUAACACUGGGACUGACACUCAGCUGUCAUCUGGGUCUACCCAGAAUCCAGGAAUUGAUUUUGACAUCGAAGAGUUUUUUUCAGCUUCAAAUAUCCAAACUCAAACAGAAGAGAGUGACCUCAGCAACAUAAACACUGAACCAGUCUUGGAAUCUCUGGAUAUCGAAACCCAGACAGACUUCUUGCUGGCAGAUAACACCACUCAGUCUUACAGUUGUAGGGGGAAUUCCAACUUCCUAGGGCUGGAAAUGUUUGAUACUCAAACACAGACAGAUUUAAACUUCUUCUUAGACACUAGUCCUCAUAUGCCUCUGGCAAAUAUUCUGAAGCACUCUAGUUUUUCCAUGAGUACAGAUUCAUCUGACACAGAAACUCAAACUGAAGGACUCUCUGCUGCUAAAAAUAUUCCUGGUUUAGAAAAAGUCCAGUUGAAUAGUACAGAAACUCAGACUAUGAGUAGUGGUUUUGAAACCCUUGGGAAUUUGUUCUUUACCAGCAAUGAAACUCAGACUGCAAUGGAUGACUUUCUUUUGGCUGAUUUGGCCUGGAAUACGAUGGAGUCUCAGUUCAGUUCUGUAGAAACACAGACGUGUGCUGAACUGUGUUCUGUGUCAAACUUCUAAGACAUUUGAGUCCAAGUUUGAUGGAAAAUAUUUGGUAAUUUUCCUUCGAGGUGAGAAAAUGGAAAAGGUGGGGGACAACAUCUGUGUUGAAUGUAACUGAUCUUAUGCAGUUCCGUAGCUGUUUC